GUGGAGUUUGGCGUGGUCUACAGCUGUCUCGAGGAUAAGAUGUUUACAGCAAGGAGGGGGAAGGGAGCUUUCUGUAACGGAGAGCCACUGCAGGUUUCUGAUCAGAAAGACAUCAAACAAUCCAUCAUCGCCACCGAGUUUGGAUCAAACCGAGACCCUGAAACCGUCGAGAGAAUCUUCUCCAGCAUGAGAAACAUUGUCAGCAUCCCUGUACACGGCGUGCGUGGAGCAGGAACGGCGGCCAUCAACAUGUGUCUGGUGGCGUCUGGUUGUGUGGAAGCAUAUUAUGAGAUUGGGAUACACGUUUGGGACAUCGCUGCAGGCUCACUGAUCGUAUCGGAGGCCGGAGGGGUCCUGAUGGACGUGGAGGGAGGGGAGAUGGAUCUGAUGUCUAGAAGAAUCGUUGCAGCCAACAGCCGAAGUGUCGCUGAGAGGAUCGUCAAAGAGAUCGACUCCUACAGUCCUCAGAGGGACGAUGCUCCGCUUACGCAGUAGACACCUGCAGUGCAUUGUGGGAUACACAACAUAUUUUAUGUUUAGUUUGUAAAGUUUGUAAUAAAGUUUGUCACUACAACAAA